AAUAGUUUAAACAAAGUGUCCCGAAAAGUCAAACACAAGCUGAUUAAAUCCUAAAUUCUGCUUCCUGAGUUCAGCAGAAUCUUCUUUUCAGUGAUGAAGCCUGUCAUUGUUCUUGUGGCCUGCUCCUUCCUCAGCACUAUAUCGGCUGAUCGAGGGUCUUGCGUUGGUCGCUGUGAUCAGAGCUUCACUCCUUUACAGAAAUGUCAGUGCGAUAACAUGUGCAAAUUCUACACCAGCUGCUGUGAGGAUUACGAUACUGUUUGUAAAAGAGUUCGUGGGGAUGUGUUCCACAUGGCUGAGGAUGAAUAUGUUGAUACCUGGGACUCCCACACUGUGGACUAUGGGACGGUCAUACCAGAUUAUUUUGAUGUGACAGUACAACCAGAACCGAGUGGGGAACCAGAGCCGGAACCGAGUGGGGAACCAGAGCCAGAACCGAGUAGGGAACCAGAGCCGGAACCGAGUUUGGAGCCAGAGCCACAGCGGGAACCAGUUGAUCUCUGCACCAGUAGACAACCCAUUGAUGCAUUCACAGAUCUCAAGAAUGGAUCAAUCUACGCUUUCCAGGGAGAAUAUUUUUAUGAACUGGACAAGUACAGUGUUAUUUCAGACUAUCCCAGACUGAUAAGUGAAGUGUGGGGAAUGCGUGGUCCAGUUGAUGCCGCAUUCACACGAAUUAACUGUGAGGGAAAAACCUACAUUUUCAAGGGUGAUUCUUACUGGCGGUUUUCUGAUGGAAUUCUGGAACGUAAUUUCCCAAGACUGAUCAAGGAUGGCUUCCCUGGCAUUCCAAACAAUAUUGAUGCAUCACUGGCAGUGCCUGCCUGCAAUAUUGAUGGUAAAGAGCGAGUUUAUUUCUUCAAAGGGAAUUCCUAUUGGGAAUAUGUCUUCCAAAACCAGCCAACCCAGAAGGAGUGUGCUGAUUCAUUUGUCUCUGACGUGUUUCUGAGGUACUCGGAUAUGGACAGCAGUUGGGAGGAUAUGUUUACCCGCCUCUUCCCAGUUACUUCAAACGUUGGUGCCAGUGAGCCCAGGUUGAUCAGUGAAAAUUGGCAUGGCAUCCCAGGCUGGGUGGACUCUGCCAUGAUUGGGAAACUCUUCUUCAUCCGCCAAUUCCCAAUUCUUGGCUGGCACAAGCCGAGGAAGCAGAAGAAGCCGAGGAAGUUCUUGAGGUGGAAUCAAAGGAGACAACAGCGGAGGAAGCAGUCCUCGAGCAUGGAUAUGGAUCUGUUCUCACUCAUCCCCAGCCAGAGUGUCUACUUCUUUGUGAAAGAUAAAUAUUACCGAGUGGAUUUGGAGACAAAGCGAGUGGCGUCUGCUCGACCCUCUUACCCACGGUCCAUCGCCAGAUACUGGUUCAAGUGCUUGGAGCAGCCUUUAACACAUGAAUAAAAGCAGGGACCUGGAACAUGGGAGGCUGCACCAUGAGGAUAUGCCAUUUUAACUGUGUCAUCCGAAACAGCCUCAGUAAUUGUCACAUGCAAAUGUCUUCAAUGGAGCAAACCAGUACAUUUGCAAAUAAAACCAGAGGAACAAACCUG